UAAAUAUAGUUAACUUGGCGGCGGUUGCAAUGGUCGAGCCGCAGGACGCGACCGAGGUGGUGCUCUUCAAGCGCAAGGACUUUUUGGCGACGGACGAGGCCGCCAAGAGCCACCCAAACCGAACGUACUACUACCGGAAGGAAUCCGACUUGGAAAAGGUCAUUGACUCGUGCACAAAAAAGCUGGCGGCCGACCCGACCGACGCGACGACGUUUGCGGUGCGCGGCGCGUCGCACAUGAAGAAGACGGAGUGGGCCGCGGCCGUGAGCGAUUUUAGCAAGGCGCUGCAACUGGCACCGUACGACGCCAACAGCUACUACAACCGAGGGCUGGCGUGGAGCAACCUGAACGAGCCGCAGCGGGCGAUCGACGACUUCACACACGCGCUGCAGCUCAACCCAAACCACGUCAACGCGGCGUACGCGCGCGCGUCGUCGUUCAACAAGCAAGGCGACUUUUCCCGCGCGAUCGAAGACUACAACUUUGCACUGAUGAAGGACCAGCAGUGCGCCAAGGCCAAGGGCAAGGCCAAAACCAAGUCCGCACCCCACCCGACCGCACUCACUGGCAACCUCCAUACCACGACCAUCAACAACAACAACAACACUACUAAUGUCCACGGGAUGACCAAGCACGCGAGCAGCAGCAUGGUGCUUGGCAUCGAAGCGUACGCAAAAUUGCGCGAGAAGGAGCUUCUCGACAAGAUGACGCAGCGCAAGCAGCAAAUCGCAUCGUCGACGCCGCGCGAUGUCUCUAUCCUAUCCGAAGCCGUCGGUCAUGACGCAGUACCGUCCGAGAGCGUGACGCAUGAGGCAACGACGACCGACGACGACGCCGAAGCGCACCACGUCCGGGGGUUUGCCUUUCGGAAAGAAGGCCAGUUUGAGCUCGCAGUCCAAGAGUACUCGCGCGCGAUUGCGGCCAACCCUGCCCACUUCAAAGCCCACUUCAACCGGGGGUUUGCGUACGACAAACUGCGGCAAUUUGAACUCGCGGUCGCCGACUACUCGACAGCGAUUUGCCUCGACCCGACCAACGCGUUUGCCUACUACAACCGUGGCAUCUCCCUCGACCGGAGUGGCAAUUAUACUGGCGCGGUCCGUGAUUUCACCAAAGCCAUUGCGCUCCUCCCGACAAACGCCGAUUUCUACCACAACCGCGGGUUUUGCCACCGCAAACAAGGGCGGUUUGACUUGGCCGUGCGCGACUACACGGCCGCGAUCCAGCUGCACCCGACCCACUUUAAAGCGCUGUAUAACCGCGCAUUUUCGUACGACAAGAUGGAGCAGUUUGAAGCGGCGGUUCUGGACUAUACAGCAGCGCUGCGGAUCGACCCAAAGAGCGCCAACGCCUACCACAACCGGGGCAGUACGUGGGAGAAGAUGAAGCGGCUGCCCGACGCGAUCGCCGACUUUAACCAAGCCAUCGCACUCGUGCCGCACGCGGCCUCGAGCUACAACAGCCGCGGCCUCGCGUUCGACCAGCAGGGGAAGCACGCGCAGGCGUUGACCGACUUUGACACGGCGCUGCGGCUCGAGCCAAGAAACCCGAUCUUCUUGCACAACCGCGGCUACUGCUACCGCAACCUCGGCCACUUUGAGAAGGCAAUUGCCGACUACUCGGCGGCGCUAGCGAUCGAACCGACCAACGUCGCAGCCUACAACAACCGAGGCUACGCACGGCGCAAGCAAGGGCGGUUCGAGGCCGCCGUCGACGACUACUCGGCCGCGCUGCAACUGGACCCGACAAGCACGCGCACGCUGAGCAACCGCGCGUACUCGUACGCCAAGAUGGGGCGGUACGCGCAGAGCAUCGCCGACUACACGUCCGUCCUGUCGCUCGAGCCCACGAAUGCGUACGCGCUGCACAACCGCUCGCUUCUACAAGACAAAGUGCGCGAUGGAAAAGUUGUCUAACGCCAAAAGGACACUUUCUAAUGAGGUUAAAUCGGUAAAAUGGUUCCGACCGAUAUUAGAGCUUGAA